GGCUAGUAUCUGAUUCGUUGAUGUAUUUAGGCAGGUUUGCGUUUGGGAACGCGCGCAACCGGUGCGUAACGCACCGAACGCACCAGAUAUUCCGGGCAUCUUUGUAAGUGCUUCAGGUGUCCAUGAGUCAUUUGAGCUGAUAUUGUUUGCCUGCGGUAUUAAAAAGGAAGAAAAUAAAAAAAAAGAACAAGCAGGAAAUCACCAGAGCGGCUCCACGCGCAGUGAACCUGGAGAGACAUCUCGAAACCGCUCCGAUGUGCGCGACACUUUUGGGAAUAUUGCUCCUCGGAUUGGUGACGCUCGCGCACGCCGAGGUAUGUGAAAAUAAUGCGAAGCUCAGCUGCGACUGCAGUGGAGUCAAAGGCGAAAGGGGAGAUCAAGGUUUUCCGGGGUUUUUUGGCUCACCAGGAGAUGUUGGAGUUCUGGGAGACGAAGGCCACCCCGGACCGAUGGGCCCCACGGGUCAUCCAGGAGUGCCAGGGAUACCAGGAUUGAAAGGCUCACGGGGAUUUCCUGGAAAGCCUGGAUUGUGGGGGUCUUUAGGAAUACCUGGACUCCCAGGAGACGAAGGCCCUCAGGGACCACCUGGUAGCCCUGGAUGCAACGGCACAAAGGGUGAACGCGGUGAUCCUGGAGCUUCAGGAAGUUGCGGCGCUGCCGGCUUACGGGGUGAAAAUGGUCCCCCCGGCCCUAAGGGGGACACAUACUACUUCCCGUUUCCUAAAGAUGUGAUGGGAGGCAAAGGUAUGCCAGGAAAAGAUGGGCCAAAGGGUAUGCCUGGAGAUCCAGGUGCCUGCGGAGCAACUGGACCAAUGGGAUGUAAAGGACCUAGAGGAGAAUGCGGAUGCGCUGGUGUUCAAGGAGAAAAGGGUGUACAGGGACUUUCAAUGCCGGGCCUCCAAGGUAUAAAAGGCACUCAAGGUUUUCCUGGUGUCCCCGGACGGAGAGGUAUAAAGCAGUUUGCAACAGCACACAGAGAACUCAAAGGGGAACCGGGAGAUAUAGGAGACCAAGGCAGCCCUGGAAUGCCAGGCAUGCCGGGACCUCUUGGCCCUAAAGGAGAGAAAGGAGGCACAGGAGACCCUGGAGCUCUGGGGGAAGCUGGACUGAAUGGACUUUCGGGAGAGUAUGGUUCUAAUGGUUCUCCAGGGGUCAGGGGAAAUAAUGGGGCUCCUGGGCUUCCUGGUUUAAAGGGGAUAAAAGGUGGCCGUGGUUGCGCUGGUCCUCCAGGAGAAUGUCUUCCAUGCAAUACACCUGAAAAAGGAGAACGAGGACCUAAGGGCUUAACUGGACCACCUGGAUUGAAAGGAAUUCAAGGUGUAAGUGGCUUUCCUGGACCUUCAGGCGAAGAAGGACCAGGUAUGCCUGGAACCCCUGGGGAGCGUGGCCCUCCUGGCUUUAGCGGAAUUAAGGGUGAAAAGGGAGAUCGAGCACCUCCACUGAUCGGAACAAUAGGACCUGAUGGACCUUGUGGAAUACCUGGAAAUCGUGGUGACCCUGGUCCUAAAGGACUCCCAGAUAUUCAUAAGCGUGAGGGUCAGUCAGGGUUGAGAGGAGAGAAAGGCAUACAAGGGCCUGAGGGGGCAAUUGGAGAACCAGGGGAUCAAGGUGAUAAAGGUGACACCUGCGAUGUGUGUCCUUUGAUAGGCCUUACUUAUGGACCUACAGGGCCAGCUGGUAACCCUGGUCCACAUGGAUCUCCAGGUUUAAACGGGGCACCGGGUCACAGGGGAUCGAUGGGUAUUAAGGGACCAGAAGGUGCACCUGGCAACCCGGGUUCGAUUGGUGCUCCGGGCAUUCAAGGAAUCCAAGGACACAAGGGGGACCCCGGUUUUAUAGGACCUGGGGAUAAUGGGGACCAAGGUGACCCAGGAUUUUUGGGGACCUCAGGAAGAGAUGGACUGGAUGGGAUACCAGGAAUACCAGGAAUAAAAGGCCCAAAGGGAGAGAAAGGCAAUUCGGGUCCUUUAGGGCCUAAAGGGAACCGUGGUGACCCUGGAUUUGAAGGGUUACCAGGGUUUCCUGGUAUUAAAGGAUUUCAGGGCUCUCCUGGGAUUGGAGCACCUGGGGAACCCGGUGGGAAGGGCGCUUUUGGUGUACAAGGUCUACAAGGAGAUCCUGGAGACCCAGGUGAAAAAGGUGACCCUGGUGCGAUAAAUGUAAUACGCGGAGACCAGGGGGAGUGUGGAGCAAAGGGUCCUAAAGGUUCACCUGGGCAACCAGGGUGUCUGGGAGCCAAAGGGUUAUGUGGCCCUCAAGGGCUUAAUGGCCUAAAAGGAGAUAAAGGAUUAUCAGAAGCUGGAUUACAGGGACAGCCUGGUUAUAAAGGUGAAAAAGGCUUUCAGGGUUGUCAGGGUCCACCUAGCAUUGGGCUAUCUGGUUCCCCAGGACCAAUAGGACAAUGUGGAAUGCCAGGGAUAAAGGGUGAUAGUUCUUCUGGCCCUCCAGGGCCCGCUGGCAGACGAGGACCUCCGGGAGAUGAUGGGAUCAUUGGACCUACUGGUGAAUCAGGUUGUCCAGGAAGCCCUGGAGUUAAUGGACAGCCAGGGAGAGAUGGAUACCCAGGGCCUAAGGGUGAUGCAGGAUAUAAUGGGCCACAAGGGUUGACCGGGCCCCCAGGAGUUUGUACUGCCGGAUUUCCGGGUAUUAAAGGAGUCCAAGGUUUGAAAGGAAUGCCUGGAAUGCCAGGGUGUCGGGGUCUGAAAGGAUUGCAAGGCGAGCCUGGAUGUCAGGGUUUAGGUUUACCUGGUUGUCCUGGACCAUUCGGGACACCUGGUUUUAAUGGAGAAGCUGGUCCACCUGGUCUAGCUGGACAUAAGGGAUUGAAGGGCAAGAAUGGCAUGCCUGGUUCCCCAGGCCCUCGAGGAACCGAUGGGCCUCCCGGCAGCCCUGGAUGUCCUGGACCUCGUGGAACACCUGGAUACCCGGGACAGCCUGGGCUUAAAGGUUGUACAGGCAGUAAUGGACUACCGGGUGGCAGAGGUCCACAAGGCCUGAAAGGGGACCAGGGGGAUCCAGGUCCUAAAGGAGAACCAUUAAGUUACUCCAAUCCAGGAGACCCGGGAGACACCGGAGACACAGGUCAUACUGGUGUGACUGGGUGUAAAGGGGAACAAGGAAUCGAUGGACUACCUGGCAGCUCUGGGAAAAAUGGAUUGCAAGGCAGCCCUGGGCCACCAGGUACUAAACAAAGUUUAAAAUCCAGUCAAAUCAGAAACCUCAACAGUCCUGUAUCCUUGUCCUCCUGGAGAUCGAGGCCGAAAGGGUUUUCAGGUGAACCUGGUGCCGUGGGUUGUGUUGGAGAAGUUGGACCUUUGGGUCUGCCAGGUCCCAAAGGUGUAAAGGGAACACCCGGUCAUUGUGGACUACCAGGAGACCCUGGAAAUCCAGGACCAAAUGGACUAAAAGGGCCCAAAGGUGAACCAAGUUGUCCUGGACCAGGAGCACCAGGAUGCCCUGGGGAGAAGGGUGAUCCAGGCCUGCUGGGAAUUAAAGGAAAGAAAGGAGAAAGAGGAAUGUGUGGCACUGCUGGUUCGCCAGGAUCAGAAGGGCUUUGUGGAGAAGCUGGAGAACCUGGAAUAGCAGGACAACCAGGACCCCCAGGAUUGCCUGGAGAUAAAGGUUCUGAUGGACAUCCAGGCCCUCCGGGUUGUCCAGGACCAAUGGGUCCACCAGGUUGUCCUGGGUCACCAGGCAAUCCAGGUAUUUUAGGUCUCAAAGGAAACCAAGGCAGUGAUGGCAUCCCUGGACCCCCUGGAGAAAAAGGAAGUGCAGGAGCUCCUGGAUAUGGACCUCCAGGGCUAGCUGGUGAAAUAGGUACCCCGGGUAUUAAAGGCGAGCCAGGAUGCGUUGGGGAAGCUGGACCUCCGGGACCAAGUGGUUUAGUCGGAGACCCAGGUCCUUGCGGAGUACCCGGACUGCCAGGACCCCCUGGGAAUCCAGGUCCACAGGGUUUGUGUGUGGAUGGCCCCAAGGGGGAGCGAGGCCUUCCUGGACCACCAGGACAACCAGGGCCCUCUGGGAUAUGUGGCCCCCCAGGACCACCUGGUCUUGGCCUUAAGGGAGAAAAGGGGGACACGGGUCCACCUGGCCCACCAGGAACUUGUGGUCCGGAGGGAGACAGUGGCCCACAAGGAAUUCAAGGUAGUACUGGGCUUAUUGGUUUCCCUGGAAAAAAAGGAGAUCAAGGUCAAAAGGGGGAAACCGGACCUCGAGGUCUACCAGGAAAGGAUGGCACACGUGGUCCACCAGGACUUUCAGGACCAAAAGGCCAAAGAGGACCACCUGGUACACCUGGGGAACUUGCUUACCUUCAAAUGAUACCUAUUUCUGGAGAUCGUGGUCUGCCUGGACCUCAAGGAGAAAGAGGACCUCCUGGAGAAAGUGGUUCACCAGGAUUUAGAGGGUUUAAAGGACCCCCUGGCCCUAAAGGACCCCGCGGAAAUGAAGGCAUCCCCGGUGCUCAAGGUUUGCGUGGAGAGAAGGGCAAUAAAGGAUUACCAGGGUUGGCAGGAGCUUUGGGUUUUAUGGGUGCCGAUGGUCAGAAGGGCUCCAGGGGUCCACCGGGACGAUGCAUGCCGGACAAGAGCAGAGACAGCUUCCUGUUUACUAGACACAGUCAGACACAAGAGAUCCCUUACUGCCCUGAUGGAUCUAGCGAAGUCUACUCCGGAUACUCGCUCCUUUUUGUCAACGGCAAUAACCACGGACAUGGACAAGAUCUUGGCACUUUGGGGAGUUGUCUACAGAUGUUCUCGACCAUGCCCUUCCUUUUCUGCAAUUCAAACAACACCUGCCAUUAUGCCUCCCGAAACGACUACUCGUACUGGCUGUCCACUGACACUCUCAUGCCCAGUAACCUGCCCGUAGUCUCAGGGGAUUCGCUUGAGCAGUAUGUUAGCAGGUGCUCAGUAUGCGAUUCUCCAGGUAAUGUGAUCGCGUUACACAGCCAGAGCCGUAUAGUCCCUCCGUGCCCAGUCGGAUGGAAGUCUUUGUGGGAAGGCUACUCUUUUGUCAUGCAAACGAGUGUGGGUUCCGAGGGCUCGGGGCAGCCCCUGUCCUCUCCUGGCUCGUGUUUGGAGAACUUCCAGAAGAUACCCUUUAUCGAGUGUCACGGUCGAGGCACUUGUAACUACUACUCCGAUGCCUACAGUUACUGGAUGGCCGCUCUGGAUCCCAGUGAGAUGUUCAGUAAACCAUCGCCACAGUCGAAAAUCGACUCUCCGAGCAUCAUCGGUCGCUGUCAGGUGUGCAUGAAGGAGUAGAUUUGUAAUCGGUCAUCCUGAACUUCCUGAGGAGAUUGUUUUCUUCAGCCUGCAUUGAGAUGGAACUAGAUCCCCAUCGUAGAUCUUUGACUUUUGAGAGAUCAGGUUUCUGAGAUCAUUUGAGAUGUUCCUUGAAAGAUGGUUCAAACGAAUGACCAAAGGAAAACAAAUUAUUAUAAUUUUUAAUAUAUAAAUUGGAUAUACACUAGUAUAUACAGUUCUAACAGCACUAAGGUGGUGUUUUUUUGUAUUAAGCACUUGGAUCAAUUAACACUUUUGCCCAUUACAUCAAACUAAAAGGACAUUAUUGAGUUCAGGCAUUGAUCAUAACUCAAACGUUUGGAAUUAAAGAUCCACUUCAACCCAAAGAUCUUCACUGAGCGUGAGAUUAAAGGUCUGGGCAGACCACUGGGGUUCCUAAAUGCCAAGAUUGUUGAAGUUUCCCCAAAACUGUUGCCCAAACACAUGUGCCAUGAUUUCAGAUGUAUUCAAUGUGUUUCAAUGCUGUAACAUUAACGUUCAUAUUCAAAUUCAAGAACUAAGAUGUAAACAGCCCUGGACUAUUUACCAAGCCUGUGACACACACUUGUAGUGUAUUAUGUUGUGUGAAGAGAUACAGAAGACCAGAACUUUGAGUGAUGUAUUGUAAUUUUCUUAAUGAUAUAUUUUUGCUCCCAAAUGUUUUGCAUAAAUUUCCACAAACAGUAUAGAAAAGUAUUGUGUGACUCCCAAUUUGCUCUUUAAAUUCCUUCCACUUUCCUGGGAAGAUGUUCCACCAGAUUUUGGAGUGUGCUUAUGGAUAUUUCUGUUCAUCAGCCACAAGGGUGUUACGAAAGUCAGGUACUGAUGAAGGUGAUGAGGCCUGGGGUGCAGUCAGUG